AAUAUUAUCAAUUUCAAACACUGUCAACGUCCAUUCACAUAAAACUUCCUUCGCAUUGUGUAACAAUUCAUAUUGAUACAACAGAGCGCAGAAAACAAAGGGUUUGCCACAAUUAAUGCUUAGCUUUCAGUGUUUCUCUGCAAAAUGAGGACUGUUGCUAGGCAAAGGGUAAAAGAUACCUAAAGCUUUUUAUGUGAACGUACGCUAUGCGCAUCGAACUUUUCUGUCAAAACAGAUGUCUGACACAAAGCAAAGUAAAAGUUCUAUGUGAAUUAACCAUUACGUCUUUUGAAACGUCAAAAAAAAAUUAAACAAAAUGCAACGCUGGCAAAUAAAUUCCAAAAUGGUUCAAAUUUCAUUUUCGGACCGUAGCGUGUGUGGAAUUAGCGAAAUUUUGUCGAUAGAAUUUUCAGAGAAUUUGACCAGAGAACUAUUUGACGUUCCUAAAUCUAAAUUACUGAAAUUAAAACACAACAAACAUACUCGGCGAAUCCGACUAUAAUGAAUCAUUUGAAAUGGAUGGGCCAUUCGGCAACAAUAUUUGAUAUACAAAGAAAUCUUCGCAAUGAUCCUCAAAGCUGUGAGGUGACACUGGUAGCCAAAGGUCAUUCAGUGCGUGCCCAUCGGUUUGUCUUAUCAUCAUGUUCAGACUUGCUGCGCAAUCUGCUGGUGGAUGUUCCAAUGGGGCAGGAAGCAACAAUUGUAGUGCCGGAUAUAAAAGGGUCUCUGCUCGACAGUGUAUUAGCUUUUAUAUACAUUGGCGAAACAAGCCUCACAUCGACUAAUUUAUCAGAGUUCUUGGAAGCUAUAAAUACCUUGGGUAUCAAGUCAGCUAUAAGUUUUGAGUGCAACAAUGCAACGUUAUCAGGUGGUGUCCAGACAACAGAAGCAGUUAAGACUAUAAGCAAUAUACAAAUUGCACAAGAAGAGCUUAUUGAACAACAAGAAAAUAUUGCUGUCGAGAAGAUCGAGACACAAAACGUAAUACAACAUGAAAGAGAACUGGAAUUUUUGGAUGUAUAUAACGAAGCUCAACAUAGUAAAAUUACUUACUCCAUUGAACAUAUGCCAGUUGCCAGCGCAGCAAACGAAUACAUAUUAACUGAAAAUUCUGGAACCUUUACAUUAACCCAAAAUAAUAAACUAGAAAAUGGCUCCAAUUCUGAUACGGAAAAACUUGUUGAAAUGGAGGAUACCACGGAAGAUGGUCACAUCAUAGAGGAAUAUAGCAGUAACAGCGCAGAUCCUAUAAUUGAAAUUACCACAAAUACUACAGCGACAAGUACACCAAAAGUGACUGCCACAACAACAGCUACUACGCAAGUGCCACAACCGCUAAUUCAAAUAAAACCAACGCCAAAAAUGAAAACUAUCAAAAUUAAAUCACAAUCAUCUUCAGACACCGAUCAAAUACAUCAAUCAAUGUUUACCACGCUUGACCCCACCGCAGAUCCUAUUUCAGUAUUAAAGACUGAUGAUAAUUUUACCACAUUAAACGCCGCACCCGGUACUCAAGAAGAUGCUCUUUUUUAUGCCGUUCAGGCAGUAAUAAAUGAAGGUAUGAGCUUACAGAAAGCUGCACUAAAAUAUGAUUUAUCGAAAACGGUACUUUGGCGGAGAGUGCGCAAGCACCCAAAUUAUAUGAAAACUACCCGUGAAAAUCCUGUUCUCACCAUGGCCUACGAACGAUUAAAAGGUGGCGACUCUUUGAAGAAUAUCAGUCGCGAAUUAGAUAUACCAAUGUCUACACUACAUAGACAUAAGGUACGUUUAGCACAGCAAGGACGUUUGCCAGACUAUGUUUCUUUUAAGAAACGUGAUGUUAACUCGAAAAUUGAACUUAAAGACAAAUUAACUAAAGCGUUGCACGCUUGUGUACAUGAGGGAAUGUCGCAAAAUCAUGCAGCAAAUUUAUUUGACAUACCGAAAAGCACUCUAUGGCGUCACCUUCAAAAGCGUGUUGCUGAAGCAGAACUUUCCCAGAAACUUGAACUAGGCCACAUCAAGGAGGAAGUAAUAUUAUCUUAAAACCAGUAUUUAUAAUUAGUUUAAUACACAUAUGUAUGUAGAUUUAUUUCUAAUAUACACACUCAGUGUUACUCGUAUAAGUUUCAUUAUUAUUUUUUAUGUACAUUAACGUGAAUGCCUUUAUAAAGGCACGAUUAAAUACUUGAAAUUUUCAUUUUACUGUGGAUAUUACGUAUUGUAAAAGAAUCCUUUAAGUACUUUCUUUUAACUAAUAGUAAAAACUAUUCAUUAAAACUAUACGCCCAAGACGAUAUUUAAAUACGACUAUUAAAUACUUUGUUCGCAUAAGUUGAGAUUGUUCUUAAGUAUUUAAAGUUCAAAUACUUCUUAGGCAAUUUGAACAAAAGAGAGCUUGAAAUAUAUAAUAAAACGUUGAAUACGUUAAUAUUUCAAACAAAUUGCAUUACUUAAAUGUGAUCUAAAGUGUGUCGUAAAAAGAACUAUGAAUGUUUAUAUGACAUAUGCAUAUGGUACAUAAAAUGCAACAACAUUGCCGCUGCGGCUGAUGUAACUGAUCUAAUUUCUACAAACGGUCCAUAUUUGACAAUCUUGGUAAUAACGACAUUUAAUUAAAAUAUAUGUAUAUGGUCUAGUAAAAAGAAAUAUAUUAUUUUUGCAUUAAAUUAAGGAAAUGUGGCCUGCCCUUAUCCUGAUUGAAGACAUUUGCAUUCCUACCCGGUAAAACUGGACAAUCGAAACCGUGCUUACGUUAAUUAAUCAUUUUUUAUGCUUUAAUAGUAAUGAAUAAUAAUUUCAAUGCAUUUAAUCUUCUGGAUUAAUAAAACAGUGCUUGAGUAAUCUUCAUCCUUUAUUACCCCAACUUGUAAUCAAGGUUAUCCUUCAAUCUAUUCAGGCGGCACUUAUGUUAAAUCAAAGAAUGUAUAAUAACGAUUUAAAGAGAAUUUAUUAAAAAAGUAAAAAAUAAAUACCUUUUUGCCUAAUCUUUCGCAUUUUAUCAAUUUCGCAUUUGUGUAAAAAAAUAAAAAUGUUAUCGAUUUACCAUCAUAAAAAAAAAAACUAGCACGCAUAUGUGAAGUGGGACUUUUAUUUUUUGUUUAAAAUUUUUUCUCUUUAUGCAGGCAGACAGAUUUUCUAUAUAAAAAGAUCCGUUUAAUGAACUUAUAUUUUUUGCCAGAGAACAUUAGAAAAUGGUGAAUUCCCUACCUACGGUGUUAGUCGUCCAAUCAAGCCAUACAGAUUCGAUUUGCACCUUCUCGUUAUUAUACGUACUCUGGUUAAAUAUCGGAAUUCAAAAUUUCAAACACAUAACAAAUUUCAUACAUAUUUGAUUGAAAAUAUUUUUUUUGAUCUACAUAUUCGCAAUUCAUAAUUUCUCUAAUAAAUCUGGCAGCAAAUUUUUCAAUUUAUACCGAGUAAUAGAUUCCUUACAGAUUUGUACGAGAUUGCAUCUGACAAAUACCAUUUCGUUUCGUUUCCUAUCUUGGAAAAAAGUCGAAAGAACACGCGUUUCGUUGCCUUUUCAGACAUUCACAUCAGAGAACGUACGUACAUUUGUUAAUUUGGAGCGUUUCGAAACGUCGCACGUUUACUAAAAAUACAAGUGAAAAUUUUCAGUAAUUCAACGCAAUAAAAGUAUCAUUGCGAACGGUUUUUUUAUUUUCAGCUGCGGUUGCUUUUUAAUAUCGUAUGUCCAUCCAGAAUUUAAAUACAUUUGACCCAUUUGCUGAUGCAAUAAAGGGGGCUGACGAUGAUGUUCAGGACGGUCUUGUACACAUAAGAAUUCAGCAGAGAAAUGGUCGAAAGACAUUAACAACUGUGCAAGGAUUGUCAUCAGAAUAUGAUUUAAAGAAAAUUGUGCGAUCAUGUAAAAA